AUGAAAGACCUUCAACUUCAAACGCCACAGAGAGAACCAGCCUCCGCUAUUCGCCGACCAAAAUCCGCCACCGACUUCAGCAAAAAUCUGCGCAAGGCCUCGAAGAAGAAGCUGAGUCCCGCAUUUAAAGCAGUAUCCGGAGAUGAAUCUGCUGUUUUGGAGUCUCUGAAGGAAGCUUCGGAGGUUUCUGAUGAUAAUCCGUUUGCAGAAUCUGUUGAGGCCUCGAAGAAGAAGCCGAGUCCAGCAUUUAAAGCAGUAUCUGGAGAUGAAUCUGCUGUUCUGAAGUUCCUGAAGGAAGUUUCGGAGGUUUCUGAUGAUAAUCCGUUUCCUGAAUCUGUUGAGAACUUCAUUGCACUAAUGGACCCGAUGGGCACGCCUUCAUCAAACAAAGUUGACAUCUCAAAUCUGAGUUCCCCAGUAUUAUCACAGUUCUCUGUAGUCACUUCAGACAAUCUCGUAACCCUCAAUGCCUCAGACACCAAAUGUGAAAAUUCUGGAGCAGAUUCAAACAAAGAGGAAGUCUCGGAUCUGACUUCCCCAGUAUUAUCACAGUUCUCUGUAGUCACUUCAGACAAUCUCGUAACUCUCAAUGCCUCAGACACCAAAUGUGAAAAUCCUGGAGCAGAUUCAACUCCCGACGAGAUAAAAUCUGUCGAGGCAGAGUUGGUGAUUAAGCAUCUAAUGGAAGCUAGAAUUCAGUUCUUGAAAUCCAAGAAUGUUGGCUCUUCCAAGAAGAUUCUGGAAGCACUCAUUAAAAUCAUCAUUGAGGAGUUCAAUGGAGUUAUGUAUGAAGAGAGUGGAUGGCUCGAGAAAAUUUUUCUGUCCAAAAAGGCAAUUAUGGUGUUCUGUAGUCUUGUGAUGGGGAUUUGGGUGGUGCUCAUGUUUUGGUUCUUCAAUUUGCAGUACGAGCAAUCUCAAUUCAGGGGACCAACACCAACUUGA